UCUAAUUUCAGUUUUGUUUGGUGUGGAUAAAGCCAAAUCUUUCGAACCCCAAAUUCCAAAACAUCGUCUUUCUUCAAUCACAUUUUGGCAAUGGCGAUCACGAUGAACAAAUCAUUCAAUCCCCAAUCACAGAUUUACACUUCCCGUCGUCCUCCAAUCCACUUUCCGACCGACCCCACAAUCUCCAUUGCUUCAUUCCUCUUUAGAAACUCAUCCAAUUACCCUAACGCCCUCGCCCUUGCCGACGCCGACUCCGGCGAAUCCCUAACUUUCCGUCAAUUUAAAAUCCAAGUCUCCAAGUUAGCCCAUGUGUACAUCCAACUCGGGAUUCGAAAAGGCGAUGUGGUUCUCAUAUUCGCGCCUAAUUCCAUUCACUUCCCUGUUUGUUUCUUCGCCAUUGUCGCCAUUGGAGCCAUCACCACUACUUGUAAUCCUGCUUAUACUUUCGCGGAACUGUCAAAGCAAGUCGCUAACUGCAACCCCAAGCUCGUAAUCACUAUUCCCGAACUCUGGGACGUAGUCGGUAAACUCAACUUGCCUUCUAUUAUUUUGGGUUCUAAAAUUUCUUCAAAAUUUUCCCGUCCCAACAUCUGGGGUUACUCCGAUUUGAUAAAAAAAGCCGGCGAUGUGUCCAAUUUGCCGGUGAGUGAAGUGGGUCAGAACGAUGUCGCGGCUCUUUUGUAUUCAUCUGGGACGACGGGGAUUAGUAAGGGAGUGAUUCUAACUCAUAGGAACUUCAUAGCUACCUCUUUAAUGGUGACCCAAGAUCAGGACCUUCUUGGUGAUCCUAGAAACGUGUUUUUAUGCUUUCUUCCAAUGUUUCAUGUAUUUGGUCUCUCUAUAGUUGUUUACGCGCAACUUCAAAGAGGAAACACCGUCGUUUCAAUGGCGAAGUUUGAGCUGGAAAAGGCUUUGGGGUUGGUGAUGAAGUACAGGAUCACUCAUCUUUAUGUUGUUCCGCCUGUAAUUAUAGCUCUCGCGAAGCAAAGUGUAGUGAAGAACUACGACUUGUCUUCGUUGAGACAGAUUUUAUCUGGGGCUGCGCCUCUUGGGAAGGAUGUGAUGGAAGAAUGCUCCAAGAUUAUACCUCAUGCCAGGAUUAUCCAGGGAUAUGGUAUGACUGAAACUUGUGGAGUUAUUUCAGUAGAGAAUGUGGGAAUAGAAUCUACGCUGUCUGGGGCAACUGGAUCCCUUGUUUCAGGAGUUGAAGCUGAAAUUUUGAGUACAGAAACACAAAAACGUCUUCCACCCGGUGAAACAGGGGAAAUUUGCGUGCGAGGACCAAAUAUGAUGAAAGGAUAUUUCAACAAUCAGAAAGCCACCAGCCAAACCAUAGAUGAUCAGGGAUGGGUACAUACCGGAGAUAUAGGGUAUUUCAAUGAAGAAGGAGAGUUGUUUGUUGUGGACAGAAUCAAAGAACUCAUCAAGUGUUACGGUUUUCAGGUUGCACCGGCAGAGCUUGAAGCCCUGCUACUUUCUCACCCUCAAAUAACAGAUGCUAUUGUGAUCCCAUAUCCUGAUGAUAAAGCCGGUGAGGUCCCUAUCGCAUUUGUUGUUUGUUCACCCGAUAGCACGAUAAAGGAAGAAGAUGUUAAAAAAUUUAUCGCGAGGCAGGUUGCACCAUUCAAAAGAUUAAGAAGAGUAACCUUCACAAGGAGUGUUCCGAAGUCAGCUUCAGGAAAACUUCUGAGAAGAGAGGUCGUAGCACAAGUCCGUGCCAAGAUGUAAACGUCGAAAUGUUGAAUGGAAGGUGAUAAGUUAAACAGUUAGGAAACAUAUUGACUUACAGUUACAAGUAAAAGGAAACUGGAGAUUGUUGGAAAUAUUAAUUCAACAUUCAUUCUUAUGCUAAUCAAACCAUGUUUGUUACCAAUAUGAUGAACCUUCUGUUUCAUUUUUUUUUACACAUUAUGAAAAGUUUUGCUCAUAAGUCGA